AUGCAUUCGUCAGGCCUGUGCUUGCACAUCUUAUUCAUAUGCGUCUUGGGAUCUCUUUGCCCAUGUUGUCCUUUCCAGAGCUACAUUGAGCCACUCCAGAAGUGCGAGCAUGUUAGCGAGGACGCAAUCCGUGAUGUGUUCGUCAAUCUGGUGGACAUCCUGACCUUUCAGGCUGAAUUCGUCGAUGCUCUCGAGGCGGCCUUUGCGAAUGAGGGAGAUGAUGUGGCCUGUCAACGCGUCUUUCUGCAACACGUUCGCGGACUGCAACGCCUCUAUGGCCUGUUGGAUCACCCAGACGUUCGAAGCUUCAUUCGCGCCUGCCAAUUGCGAAGCCAAUCCAAGCUGAACCUUGAAGCGUAUCUUCUUAGCGUGAUGCAACGCAUCUGCAAGUAUCCCUUGCUCUUCAAAGAACUUUUAAAGCGCUCAUCUACCGAUACACAACGCCAGGUCACCCAGCAAGCGUAUGAGGCCAUGGCGCACGUAGCGCACGUGGUAAACGAGGACAAGCGCCGUUUCGAGCGGCUGGAAGCCAUUGACGCAUGGCAAAAUCAAGUUGAAGGCUGGACGGGACCAAACUUGCGAGAUACUUCCACCCAGCUUUUGUUUUGCGGAACGCUGCUCAAGUUCUCCAUUUCUCAUGGCAAAUCUGCUCACUCGGACCUGCGAACUUUCUUUCUCUUUGACAACGAGCUCAUCUACUGCAAGGGCGUGCCCGCCGCAGUAGCUAAAGAAAAUCCUAUCAUACCAGUCGAAGACGCGCUGAAGGACGCUGCUGGCUUGGUUUUCAAGGGUCGCAUCAGCACACAAAACAUGUCCCUGCUAGAUCUUGACGACGGCCGAGCUCAUGUACAAACCAGUGGCCAAGCCGUGCAGAAUGCUUUUAAAGUAAGCAACGUGAGCAAGGGCAAGUGGUAUGUAUUGCAAGCCGAUAGCACCGCCGUCAAGCAGCAAUGGCUCGAGGCAUUGCACGCCGAGGUCGAGCGCAUCGCACAGAGCCAAGAGGGCAAGAUGGCCUCCUUUGAUGAUCACAGCGAGCUGAGCGGACGUCUACUAGCCGCUGUCCGAGCAGCUGAGCCUCGAGUCAUCCGCGACCAUAAGACCAUGUUGACCUCACUGCGAAAUGUUUUUUAUGGCCAAGAUCUCGUGCGCUGGCUCUUGGCUCAGCGCUGGGAUGGUCUCGACACGGAGGAAAGCGCCGUCGUGUAUGGGCAAACCUUGGUGGAUGUUGGCAUCAUACAUCAUGCUCAUGACCGUGCUGGCUUUGAGAAUGGCAAACUGCUUUAUCGUUUUCGUCAAGACGAUGGUACUUUUGAUGACCAUGCAAGCAGUCAUGAUACGGUCAACAAGGAUGAACAUGUGUUCAAAGACAAGAGUCUAUUUUAUCGCUUUUCAGCCGACGAUGCGGUAAGCAACCCAAUUUGCCAAGGUUCCAGGGUUUCCACCAUCUCACGUGUCGGCCAACCUAUCGCUGGAGCUCAGAGCGGAAAUGACCCGGUGAACGGGGAUGAUCUGUCAGAGGGCACGCUGGGCGAAGUGGCGGAAGCUAUCAAAAAUACUCCAUCUCGGCUCGAACUGACAGUCGAGCACGCAGGCCUGUUUGCUCGCCGCGAUGAGGAGCUGAGCGCAAUGGCACGCUAUGUGUACACUUCUAGCUCAAGUCGACAGCUCACUGUGAUCGAAUCAUUGCAGCGCUCAGCUCAUGGGUUGCGCGCAGCCGAGGCAUUUGCGCGUGUGCUGAUUCAAGAAGAUGAGAUGCUGUUGGAGACAUUGCUGGACACUGCCUCGACCAACCUCGUUGCGGGCGAUUUUGUCAAACGCUCAGCUGACAAAGAUAGUCGGAAUCGUGCACUGGAGGCCAUCAACCUGCACACCUACAUUAUCGAGGUGUUUGGGGACACUCGUGGCGUGGCUGCACACGCAUGGACCACUGUGGGCGCCUUUGCUGCGCAUCACCUCGGAUUUCGCAAUACGGCCAGUGGCUGGAAGAAUCGCCUGAUUGAAGUUGCAUUGAGUGAGGGCGAUGAGCUGGAGAUGCAUGAGGACACCGCCAUGCACGGCACCAACGAGCUCAUUUGGGUGCGCAACGUGACCCAAAAUGCGGAGGGCUAUGCACCUGUGCGUCUGAUUAUGCGUACAGGCGCCCUGACGUCAACACAGGUGGACGCGGCCGUUGAGCAGGCUGAGGCAAUCAAGGCCAAUGCUGCUGCAAUUGUGCGCAUUCUACAGGGAGUCGCUUGGGAAAUUGCCUUUCCAGAGGCUAAGCUCCGGCACUUGGCAGUGACAGCUCUUCGGGUGGCGGUCGCAUCAGCCAAGCUCCAGGCCGGCGGGGACAUGGCAGACGUCAACGCAGCGGCCGCCGCCACGGUGGCGGCCGCGCGCGCAUGCGUCGUGCAACUGUGCAUGCAAGCCGCCGUGUUGGGUGUUUUGGAUCAAGAGAGCAAUGCCUACCUCAAUUGGGAUAUUCAGGAGGGCUCGGAACAUCGCUUGGACAGCAUCCGAAGCGCGGCGCUGAGUGCGCUUACCAGCGGCUUUUGCGAAAAACUUCAGCUGUCUAUUGAGCACGGUGAUCGAAAUGCUGGUGCAAGCCUGCAAUGGCUGAAUGAUGUUGCGCUGCAUGGCGUGCUGGCGAUCUUCACGAGCCUGUUAUCCACCGGUGGAACUGAGCUAGGAUACAAGAUUGGUCUACUCGGCAGUCGUCGGCAUCUGGUCGUGGAAAUUACAGUGGAUCCCACCACGUGGCAGCUGCUGCCGCCGGAGCUCCAGCACGCGUACAUACCUGUCUGUGCCGUCCUAUUCAAUCAAGGUAUCAAUCAAGUCCAGACGGAGGUACUCAAGGUGGGCGGGGACCAGCUGCAGAAUGAAAUUAAUGCAGCAUCAUGGCAACUCUUGGAGCAGCAUGCCGAUGCAGUGCGCAGCCAUCUGACCGAGCAGGCCGGCGAGCACAACACCUUAUACUAUCGGCACAAGGAGGAGCGAAUUCGAGAACUGCAGACGCGCAUAGCAGCUGCAGUCACGCGUUCGGGCAUUAAGAACUCGGCCCUGCUUCACCUUGUGGCAGAGCUCGGUGAUCUGCUUCAUGGGCUGCAGUUUAUUUCUUGCAAAAGCGCCAAAGAUCGCACCGCAAUGUUUGCAACCGCACAGGCAGCAGAGACGCUUGUGCGCCACCAUGGUAUGCCGUUCAAUCAGCUGCGCGUGAGCUUGGAUGUGACUCGUCAAUCUGGCGUACGUCGGUCCAAUGUGACGUUUAACACUGGCAAAAAUGUUUUUGCUUUCAACGACGACCAAGUUAAGGUGAGUUCAACAACCUGUCGAGGCACAUGUUCGCGACAGCAUCCGAUCCUCUUACAUGCCGUUUGUGUGGUUUUUGACUCCCAGAAUCAUUUACCAUUGCUAUUGCGACCCCCGCCUGGCUCGUAUGGCAAAAACAUGACCUGA